AUGAAUUCAUCGAACACCUCCCGUGCAUCAAAACCUCGGCGCACGCUUUCCGGUAUAUUUCCUCAUUCUAUUAGGGUCGCAGCCAAGCACUUCCCCGACUUCCUCAACGAUGCUUACACAUCUUACUCACUUCGCCCCGUCCAUCCUUCCCGUGCUCGCAUCCGCCGCGUCGAGCUCAGAAAAGACAAGUCGGGCCAGAGGUGCGAAUAUCUUCUCGCUUUUGUCACUCUAGACGGCAGACCGUGGACGGAGGCCGCGCUAGGCGUCAUCAAAUGCGACCGGUAUGUCUUGAGUAAAGACCCUGCCAAAGAUGAUGCGGAGCCUACCACCCACAUCGGAUAUUGGGUGGGCAUCGUCACUGCAUUGUAUGACUUCCUCAGCAACAAACCGCCCGUCUACGGUGGCGACCGCUUUGAAUUCUUCAGUCCGACCGACGCACGCGUGAGCAGAAUCAUCCGACGUUCACCAACUCUCUACGUGCAUGAAUACACUACGCUCCCUGCCGCCGGCCCCGUCGACGUCACACAACCUCAGCUCGAUUUCCCGCCAUGGUCCCGGGACGCUACUGUCCCGCCCACGCUCUUCCACCUUGCGGCUGCUGCAUCUCUCCUCGAGAAGCAGCAGCCCGAAUACAUUGCCCCUGACCGCCAGUGUUUUCGGUUUACAGCGAUGCUAUAUUAUCUGCUCGUAGGCCAGGACGGCCAGGACGCAGAGGUCGAACAGGACGCGAAACGGGUCGCUAUCGGGGAUGCAUAUUGCCCCGAAGCCUCCCGGGGCAAAUAUACCUCUGCCUCCAGUGCAACUUUCCGCGCACAUCCCGGGACGUUCCGCGGUCUGUUUCAGCGCGUUACCCGCAAGGAUAUCGAAGAGCUUCGCACGGAAGAGAAGCUGGACGCGAUGGCUUGCGAGGCGCGGCUCGCGAAGCUAUACAGCGGCCUACGAGAUGCGUUGUUGGAAGACCGAGAACGUUAUGGGAGUUGGGGCCCGCUCGCCGUGCCAGGCAAAGAAGCUGCGAUCCGCGCUCUUGGAGGCACGAUCCUAGACAUGCAACUGGAGGUGCAGAGGGAUGCCAAUCGAAGGUCGCUUGAGGCAGAUAGGAUCGCAAUGGCCAUCAAACUCGAGGCACAGAGGGCAGCCGCAGUUAAGAAGCUCGAGGCUGAGACCGCCGCAGCGAUCAGGGAGUUUGAGGAGUCGGCAGCGACGGCCAGGAAGUUCCAGGCGCAGAAGAUCGCAGCGCUCGAAAAGCUGGAUGCGGAGAAGGCGGCAGCACUCAAAGAGCUCCAGGCGAAGCUAAUACGACUCGGAGCCGAAACAGCGGCGGCCAAAGAGAGGGAAGAGGCGGCAGUCGCCAAAUGCAAACAGAUGGAGGAGGACCUCGCGGCGCUGACGGCGGCGCACACAGCCGCUCUCCCUCAAUACUCAGAGUUGGAGGGUCGAACUGCGUCUGAAGGUGCAGCUCCGUCCAAUGAUGCGCAGGUGUAG